AUGAGCGUUACUGGUGUAGAUUCAAAACUCUUCUCGACGCCUGUGAAAAACGUCUCUGGAGAAAAGUUCAGAAACGUACGAGAGAAAAUAGGGAGAGAAUCGCCAUACCUGUACCGCAGCAAACACUUAUCGGAGGUCGGCAAAGACAAUGAAGGGAAUUCCGGGUCAGGGCCUCAACCUGGACCCAAUAAAGUCUCCAAUGAUAUACCUCAAAAUGACAGACCCGCGGAGAGCGCAGUAACUUCUUUUGCGUUUGAAAACCCAGUUCUGGAACAAUACUCACGCCGUAUCGUCAACAAAGAGCUAGAAACUAGGCGAAUCAUUUCAAAUUUCCUGGCGCUGUUGCUGUGGAAUUUAGGCGUCAAAUUUCUUGAAUUGUUUUUGCAUCACACAUCACACGGCAUUGGACUCCAACGAAAGCUUUCUAAAUGGGUUCAAGAACUGCUUAUAUACCGCCUGUACCCUCACGCGGAUUUGGACAACUCGCAAUGGGUCCGCAAUGCCACGCUCACCAAUGUAUCUCAUGUUUUUCAUUUGGUUAUCUUCUAUAACGUCAUUGUUUCGCUUUGGCGCUUGCUUGUGAAAUCUCAAAACGUCAAGAUCGAUGACUUACGUUUGAAUCAUCGUCAAAAACAGCUUUUGGGUGUCUCGGAUACUCCUGUCACCAACAAACUGCUCCCGCAAGUGACUCUGGCUAAUAGAGACCAUCCCAAGUCACAAGUUCCACAUUUGGCAUCAAACUCUGGUACCUCUGAGUCGCAUGUUUCUCCCUCGACUUCUACGUUUUUGUUCAAGUCGCUACAAACACCCAUGAAAUCUAGAGAGCAAAACUCUGCUUCUGUAGGAGUCAGAAGUGAGUAUGUGAAGAAGAUAAAUGCAUUCGGUGAGUUGAGGAAUCCUCUUUUAAAGAAGACAAGUUUAACCCCUAGUCAAAACUCAACAAAUCCUUUGAUGACCCCAAUAAAUCGUAACGGAUAUAUUCCAAGCAGCAAAUAUGCAUAUAUGCGUGAUUCUCCAAGCCCUAGGAAGAGACUUUAA